UACUCCCAGCCCAGCGACUGCAUAGCGCGAGAGCUCAACUGACUGUGUGACUGUGAGUGUCCGGCAGCAUGCAGCUUAGCUUUACCUCACAAUCACAUGCCGGCCGUGUUACCUGUACAGACUCAUGUGAAGAUUCCCCAACUCUGAGUGUGACUGAGUGAGACUGAGAGCUGUAUUCGCCAUUCAGUAGCAAUUACAAUUCUCUCUUACAUGCGUAACAGUGGUCCAAGACGUCGGACUGAUGUGUUUGUGUUUCUGUGUGUCCGUACAAUUGUGCCGUAGCUUCGUCUUUACCCUUACUUUUGAACUUUGUUAGCUCAAGCGCAGAAGAACGUGGCUUCUCUGCUUCCCGGAGGCUCGUCUUUCAGCCCGUGCGGUCUCGAACCGCUGCCAGUAUGCUGUGUUUGCGUGUGUCGGGUAUCGCCAACCUAGCUCUGUGCUUCUUGUCAGUAAUCUCGGGCACGAUAGGCGGCGAUGUGUGCACAAACCGCACUCGUUCCGCGGGACGGCUGCACGUUACCUGUACACACUGGCAGAAUGCUGAUGAUAUCGAAUCACUCUGUGGCCGGCUAAGAUCACCUGAAACACCUGUGACCAUGGUUCUACAUGACCUUGGGAGUGCAGUGGAACGCCACGCACGGCUUCACGCACUGUCCCCUGAUGUCAGUAUUGCUGGAGUUGGCUGCCUGCACCGACUGCGAAUUCAGUCAGGUACCUUUGAAGCACUGAAUAUUGACUUUGCCUUCGGGAACUUGACGAAGCUGAGCAUACACAACACCAGCCUGAGAGGGAUGCCAGAGAUACUACGCUGGCAGGCCUCUCUAAGACAUUUGAAUCUAUCGCACAAUAUGAUUGAUAAACUGAACCUGUCCGGCACUGCCCGCCAAACCAUGCCCCACCUGCAAGUGCUGGACCUAAGUCACAAUAGAUUAAAGGUAUUACCCGCCGAUGCGUUCCGAUAUCUUAUCUCCCUCUCAAUACUAAAACUGGACAACAAUCUGGUCAAGACAGUACAGCAUGGCUUCCUUCGCGGCUUGCUAGGCCUAAAAGAAGUGACCUUGCGAGGGAACAACAUACGCUGGCUCACCCGCCACUCUCUACACGCUGGAGAAGAGGCAACGGUUUCUAUCAACAUAGACUUGGCUGGAAAUCCACUGGAGACCUUGCCCUUGGAUUCUAUGAGGAUAUUCCCAAACAUGUCGUUGGUUGUAGAUUCAACUUCGCUUAUAUGUGACUGCGGCUUGAGGAAUAUCAGGCACGUACUGACGACUGUACAAGGUUUCAAGGGUGUAUGCGCUUCACCGGAAUCACUCCGGAGCCAAACCUUGGCGUCCGUUCACUGGGAUCGAUUACAGUGCUUGAGCCAGUCAGUGUUCCGAAGCCACGUACCGCGCUACGUAACUCACCAGGCAGGCACUCGAGCAACAUUGAAGUGUGCGCUUGAUGUUUCCGUUCAAUCACCUUCUCUAUUGAGCAACAUUGGUGUGUACUGGGUACGCAACAGUCAAGAGCUGCCAGGGUCAAGGACCUACUUGCUGGAGUCACCGUCAUCCGCUAGGAGGCGGAGGCGCUUUGCCUGGGCCGACUUAUGGGAUGACUUUGCUGAACCCACCCACGCGCCGGGGAAGUUCACCUCCAGCAUUAAAGUGGAUGAGAAACAGGCAGGUCGUUACGUUAGCUCACUCACCAUCCAAAACCUCGCCUCCGAUGAUGACGACGAUUACAAGUGCUUUUCUUUCCCGGAGCACAUCGAAUCAAAUGGUGUGCGUCUAAGAGUGAUAGAGCCAGUCAGCCUUGCGCUAAUUGGUAAGGACACAAUGAAGGUGUGGCCUGGUCAGGAAGUCACAUUGUCGUGCAAGGCAACGGGUGUGCCCUUGCCAGCUCUGUCAUGGCACUUUCGUCGGCAUGGUGACUCACGCGAGGCUUUGUUGACGCCGGGCUCAGGGGUCAAGCUGAAGGGAGUGCACAGCGCAAAGAAUAUGAGUAUUCAGAGCACAUUGCAAGUCGUGGCAGGAGACAGUGGCACGUACCGAUGCCGUAGUAGUAAUCGCUUCAACUCGAGCAGUGUAUACGUUCAGGUCAUCGUACAAGCUGUCCCAACCAUCACAGUGAAGCUGUCCUCUCAUCGACUGCUUCCGGGUGAGGUGUUUGUUGCAACGUGCCUCUCCAACAUGCCCAUGAACUUCACAUGGCUGAAAUACGGUGGGAGUAGCAUCGGCGACGUCCCCAUCAAAGCGUCCGAGUCCGAUUCUCAGCCACUGAUUUGGAAUUCAGGCCGCAACCGGUCUGUGUUGCUCUACUACAAGCUGCAAGAUGUCGGCUCACAUUCGUUCACAUGCCAAGCAAGCUACGGACCAGGUGCUGUCAGCCAGACGGAGACAGUUGUUGUCACGGGGCAACCAGUUCUGUCGGAACGUCCGGGUGCUAUACAGUCACAAACACAGCCUUCCACAUCACCUGCCACCUCACCUGCCACCUCUCCUACAACCACACCUGCCACAUCCACUUCCACUACGCCGACAGAUGGUCCACCCCAGGAGCAACUCAGCUCGGUGACGAGCAAGUACAAGAUUCCGUUCUUCAUUUCGAUCGGCGUAGCCAUUGCUGUUGUUCUCGUAAUACUGGUGGCGUUGGUACUGAAUGCAAGACGGGAGCCAUCACAGGAAUCAUCUGAAAAGAAGUAGACCCUAGAGGAGAUACCCGUUACUCUGAUGUUGCCGUCUUCUUUUCUUGCGUUCUGCCAUUUCCAGUCAGGACCUUGACUUAUAAGUAUAUUCAUUUGCCCCGCUGAGCAUGCAUCUGUUGUAUAUAAAAUGUUCUUCACAGUGGUUUUGAUUGCUGGGUCGCUGGCUAGCACUACUGAUCCACUCUCAGUUGCCUUUGGAUGCAUGCAGCGGACAGUUGUAGCUCUAUGCUGUCUUUUGAAAAGCAUGAAUUUGUAGGUGUGCAUGUACCAGUAUUACUAGUAGUCAACUUGACUAUGCGGCCCUGAAUACAUCUGUUGAGUGCUGGAUAUGUAUCUCCACCUGCCUGCAGUGCACAGCAUUUAAUCUGUUAGAGCCUCUUUGCAGAAUUACCGCAACUUGACCAGUGAUUUUGCUCAGUAGAAAUACUAGAAUAGACUCUCUGGUAAUAAUUUUUUUUAAACGUCUGUGUUUACACUAUUGGCAGCUUCAUCCUUGUCAAUCUUGAGCCAUUGUACAAUUCAUAAUUAUAGUAUACAGAUUUAUGAUAGUCCUUUUCUGAGUAAUGCAACGCCUGCUUGUGUUUUCAAAAAGGACUCGGGGUGCCUUCCCCACUCUGAA